CUCCUGGCCCCAGCUGGGAGGGCGCAGUGCACCGCGCCAGGGCCCAGGAUGGCCCUGGCCAGGCACGGCGGUGGUGCACAUAUGCCUUCUGCGUUGCCAUGAGGGCGAUGGUGCUGCCCCACCGCGGCCUGUGCGACGCCCUGCGCUCCCCCCUGGAGGAGGAGAGGGUACCACGACCUGGCCCAGGUUGGCCAAACGAGCCAGCGGCCGAAGGUCGCUGCAUGCGCCAUCCGCCGGGUGGCUCCCUUGUCUCUCCGCCGCUCCUCGCCUGGGCCUCCCCGCCUUCUCCCCCGUGUCCCUUCCGCUCCUCUCCCAUCGCGCUCCGUCCAGCAUCGCGGCCGCGGCGCGCCCCAAUUCGGCGCCCGGACCGACCUGCGGCGGGCGCCGCCUGCCUUUCGCGAGGCAGCCUCCCCCGGGCCGCCCCGCCGUCCCGCGGCCUCUCGACGAGCGGCAGCGUGGUGGGUUGCAGUGGGGCAGA